AUGCUCCUGGACCUGCAAGUGGAGGAGGCAUUCGAUUUCUGGGGUACUCCAGAAGGUGAUCUGGUCCAUCCUGCUGAGUGUAUGCAGCAGUUACCGGAGACAGUUAGGCGUCAUAGAGUCAAUGUCGAUGGCAAUGUCUGUACUGUCAUGGUAACCGCUUUGGUUCUUGAGGGAUGGCAGUGGAAACUUGAUCCCAGAUUUCAUGAAGGCUUGCUUUCCAGUAAGCAAGGUGCCUACAUUGCAGAGUCUAUCGCUGCUAAGAACAUGAAACAAGCGAAGAGCCGUUUUCGGAUGUAUGAGGAUGCCACAGAUCAUGGUGGUUCUAAUCAUUCUGCAAAAGUAGAGCCAGCCAAUGGUUGUACUGGUGAAAGGGAAACUGGGAAGUCUGCAAAGAAACUUGAUAAAGGAAGGACUGCAAAGGAGGAGGCAUCCAAACGUGAGAAGCCGUUCGGCUAUACUCUUGAAUAUUAUUCUAACGAACACGAAGCUUGCACUCGCAGUGGACGGAACUUUCUCUCGCAGUCACUGCUUCGUCCUCCGGGUUCGGCGCCGAAAAAAGACCCAACCUGCCUAGGCGCCCGCCUAGCUACUACCUAG